AUGAAGCUCGUGGAAGCUCCGCGAGUAGAUCGUCUUCCUACCCCUCGUUUCGAACCGAAUCCGGUAAUCAAAAAGGUUGUCGAGAGAGCGAAUACUGCUUUGCAAGGAUCUCCUCAGACUCAGAGUAUUGCUAAAAUAACGAUAGAAAGCAUCAAUUUGAAAGUGCCACAUCUCACACCCAACGAUGACAUAAAGUUGCAGUUGUUGACACGUAUCAAAGCAGAUGAGUCUAUGAUGAUACCGUUUCGCCGAUGGGAAUUGCACGAGCUACCAGCACUCACACAAGGAUCUACCAUAGAAAUCUGGUCCGUCAAGACAUGUUCUGCAUUGGACAGUCCAAGAUAUGUUAUAGUAUUUUUCCAAACGAAAAAAGCCGAUAAUUUGCAUGAAGACGUCACCUUGUUCGAUAAUGCCAACAUCAAAUCCAUACGAUUGGCUCUGAAUAGCGACUAUUAUCCGCAAGAACGAAUGCUAUUGGACUUUUCCCGAGACCAAUAUGCCGACGCCCACUUCAACUAUACAGAGUUCAACAAGAGCUACCAUAACUGUCAAGAAAAGCGCUCUCUAGUAAACUUUGCCGAAUUCAAAUCCCGACCAAUGUUUGUUAUCGAUUGCUCGAGGCGCCAUCUGGGUCUAAAGUCGUCCACAGUUGACAUAAAAAAGUCACGCUCGAAAGGUAAUUCGAAUCGUGAUCCAGAAAGUAAACUCCAAUAUUACGGGAUGAUGUAUGGUAGCUUGUUGGCUAGUGGCCAACAAUAG